AUGAUAUUCGGCAUUUUCCCUUCAGCCAUUCUCCUGUUGUUGCAAGUGGCGCAAAAGACUUCCGCGGGAGAAAGCGAAAUCAGACAUAUCAAAGAGCUAGGCGAGGCAUUCGAAGCAAGCGCAGUGCCUGAGGGGCCUUCUACGGCGCAUGCAAGGUUUGUCAAGCCGCUGGCUGCGAAGAAGUCUGAACUCAUUCACUCCGGAGAUAAAUUUGAUGGAGAAACUGGGACAUCCAGUACCGGAGAAGAUCCGAUAGCUACGAAUGCAUGGUCGGAUUUUAUGGCUUCCGCCACAACUGAAAAGACCUCAUCAUUACAUGGAAUUGAGGAUUGGACCUGCUCUUCAAGUAGCAAAAGGGCGGGAGGUAACAAUGAGAUCGAAUCGGAAGACGAAGGGCUCACAGAUGACGCUUUUGUGAAGAGAAAAGAGCUUUAUCCGGCAACCCCGCCAUCAUAUAGAACUGGUCAUGAAGCCAUGUACUACUCUAGAGUAAACCCGCGAAGUUCUCUUCCCGAUUACUAUCGCCAGGACUCGUCUCCUACUGUCAAUGAGAUUGAAUUGGCAGACGAAGAUAUCACACGAGAUGAUGAAGCUUAUGCCAGAGAACUACAGGAACUUGAUGAGAAACUGGAUAGUAACCUUGAUGAAAAAAAUCAUACUAUCAAAGAUGAUGAAGCUUUAGCUCAAGAAUAUGCAAUCGCGGAGCACGGGGAUAAUUGGAAACUUGCUCAGCUCAAUAUCCAAAAGGAAUGCCAUGAACUCAGAUCAACCUCAAGAGCGUUUUUGGAUGUGCCAGUCAUUUUGAUGAUGAUUAUUUUUUGUGCACAUAUCUUCCUCAUCUUCCUCAUAAAAAUGAUAGGAGCUCCAUAA